AUGAAAUUUGUUACUUUGGCCAAAAUCUUUGCAUAUAUUCUUCUUCUAAACUUUACCCUGACAAAUUCUGAAGGUGGUGAUGAAGGAAUUGCAUCUAGAUUUCCAAUACUUGGUGCUUUGUUUAGUGCUGCAAGCAAGGCUUUCGACAAAGUAACUCCAGAUGAAUGUUAUCAACUGAAUAAAAGAGGGUUAACUAAUGGAUCAAUUGGACUUAUUCUUGCGGCUUUACCUUACAAACCAAACUAUCCAAUAAUGAUUUUUAAGGAUGGUUGGCAACAGCCAGAUUACCUAAUUUCAGCAUUUUUGAUUGAAAUGUGGCACCGUUUUCGAGCUGCUGAGUCGUUAUUUGAUCCUACUCGUUAUAAAGAAGCAAGCAAAUUACUUGGAGCUCAGGCAUUUUGGGGCAGCAAGGAUGACAAAAUUUUGGAGGGCCCUCCUCAAUGGGACACAUGGUGGUCUGAACUCGGGGGAUUUUUCACAGGAGUGAAUGAAUUAAUGGAAAUUUUAAAGAAGGGAACAAUUCCACUAUUUGUUUCCACUAGAGGGUUACAAUACAAUACAAGGUUUUUGCUUUCUACAUUGAACUUAUAUUCAAAAGAAAAGCUUGAAACUAUCGAGUACCUAAGGGGAGGAACUUCCAAGGAUGGAAAGUCAUUUUCUUGUAGAGCAUGCGGUACUUCAACUUUAAUGAGUAGCCUUCCUUCUCAUUUGGGAGUUUUCACGGAUGUUGAGGGUUCCCAGUCUUACUCAGCAUUAAAUCACUUAAAGCUUCUUUACGAAAGGCUUGAAAACAAUGAACGCCGUGAGUAUGAGGACGAAGAUUACGUGGAAUCCCCUUCCGUGGAUGAAUGGGGUUGGGACUCGGAACAUUCUUAUGUAGGAGCAUUUAUUAUUUAUGUACGUAAACUACAACAAAAAUAUCAUCAUACCUAUAAUAGUGCUAGCAGGAGUGGUAGGGUAAUGUGUGGAGUUCAUGUUCACGAUAUUACGGAAUGUUUAAAGAAUACGUUCAAAUAUGGUAAAAAGGCAUUUAACAUUCCAACUUCUCCAGAUUCUGGAACAUCUGAACGAAAAGUCUUCACAGAGUUCCACCCACCAUGGUAUGGUGACGAUAGGGCAUGGAAAGAAGAUCCAAGGGGCCAAAUUACACGAAUUUUGCAAUUUCUCGAUGAUGAAGAUUUAAAUACUACGAGGUGGGAUACAUUGGAUUAUGUAGUAGCGGCAGCAUUCCAAUAUCUUAGAAUUAGAAGGCAUUUAUAUCAGGUUUGGUCUGGUGGAUGGCUACGAAAACAAACAUCCCCCAAUUUUAUCAAACGACUAUUUAAAAGUAUACUGAGAAUUUUUAGACUUGGAGGAAAAAUUCCUGUAAUUUAG